AAUAAACGGCGUGGGCUGCAAUGGGAUGACCAACGUGUGUUCGGAGGGUGCGUUGGUGUCAAAGCAGGCUUGAAUUCGCAUCCGUGGAAUUGUGGGGACAGCAAUUGUCUCGCUGGAAAUUGGCCUGGGGACAGAAGGAUGAUCGUCACCGCAACACAAUCUUGUGGCUCCCCGACUGCAAACGUCGUUUACUCAUUGUGGGGCGCGCGUCUCAGGGGUCACGAAUGCGCUCUGGACGGUGGCGCUGCUGCGGACUCGCAAGGAAUUGGUAAUGGCGUAGCUGGGGUUGGCCGGCGUGCUGCUUUGGCGGCUGCUGCCGCGUCUGCUAUGCUGUUUUUCGUUGCGGAGGAUUCGAAAGCAGCUGAUGCAGGAGUUUUGAGCAAGUACAUCAAGAGGAAGAAGCUUGAUCCGCUAGACACCUAUGUUCCAACAGUUCUAUUGGCACAAAUCCAGUUUCAGGAUGUUGAUGAGAAACUGGUUGGAGAUAAGCCCGAUUUUGCUGAUGCACGGUCUAUGUUGAGAAACGGACCUGCUGGUUCUCUUCGCAAUGAUAUUCGUGCGGUUGCACAAUAUGCAGCUGAGGCUGGUAACGGCAAGACUGCUAACGAGGCGGUUGACCAGUGUCUGAGUGCCUUGGAGGACCUGGACUCAUUGCUCUUCAGAGCAUCACGCGAAAGUGGAUCAGCAUCUAUUGACGUUAUGAAGUCACGUGUCUCAACUGCUGUAACUGCCUUGGACAAACUACUAGCGACAGUGCCCGAGAACAUCCUGGAAAAAGGAAAAGCAGUAGCUACGGCUUACAGAGAACAAAGUACGCCGAGUAAUGAUGAUGCCUUGGGAUUUGAUGAGAGUCCUGACCAGCUGAAGGGGCUGUUGUAGUACUAUUUUGUUCACUUCAUUCCUUGAAUCACUUGCUGUGUUCAUGUCUA